AAGUGUAAAUCUGUUUUGGACGAACGUAUCCGCAAUUCAUAUGAUCCCGCUCUUCUUCCUAGAUGCGCCUCUUCGUGUUAAUCAAUUCGUUCAAUCGUCUCUACAAGCAAGCUACAGCCGGCACGAUUUUAUUAAUACUUAUGGGCCGUAUUAGAGAGCGAGAAGGUUCUCCGCGCUAUGAGACGGCGCUGCUCGAAUGCCAAAAAUAAUCGGCGGAACAUCCGUUUACGCGUAGGUAACGGCCUCUCGGCUGUCGGUUUGCCCCGUUGGCAAACGCCAACGAAACUGGCUCGAUCAGUUGUCGUGAACUUUUGGAGGAUCUGCGCGUUUUCCUUCACUCUCUGUUUCGCUCGGAAGUGAUGGUUGGUGUAGUGUAGUUCUUCUUGCGUCUCUCAGGAACUAUCCGAAGGAAAUAUCUGUUCGUGCAAGAGGACAAAUAUAUAAGAAGAGGAAGCAGAAAGAAGAGGGAGAGAGAGAGAGAGAGAGAGGAAGAGAGAGAGAGAGAGAGGAAGAGAGGUCCGCACCGAGCUUUGUUAAUGCCGGCGAUAGCGUCGGCAGAUGGGCGGACAAGUUAGGUACCGAAUUAUGGGAACUUGCGAACGAGGUGGGUCGUCCCGAGGAAUUGCUGGAAAGAUACAAGAGCAUGAACACGCGGGUGGAGGACAAAUCCGGCGAGGAUCUGGUCAACAUAAUCAGCGAGAACGUGGGUAGGAUGCUACGCCGGAAAAUGGACGCGGUUACCUGUAUCCGAAUGAAAGCUGAACAGGAGGCCGAGGAAUGGGAUCCGUCCUCUAUGGAUGGUAAUUUCACCUAUGUUCCCAGCAAUCUCAAUUACAACAUUAAAAAGGAGAACAGCAGCGUGUACAGGGAAAUUGAACUAACCGCGGAUUCGCAUUUCUACAAUAUUCCGGUGAAUACCAGCUACUCGUCGGUCCACAUACCCACCAACGUGUUUGACCAGGCGCCAAAGGUGAUGGAGGAUAUAAUGAGGAGCGAGCCGUUGGACGAUGUAUUCCGUCAAAACUAUGACUCGGAUCCAGCAUUGUCUUGGCAAUAUUUUGGCUCGGUCACUGGUAUGCUAAGACAUUAUCCCGCUAUGGAAUGGCGCACGAGCACGAUCGACCACGACGAAGAUCCGCCUGCCGAUCUGUACGAUUGUCGACUUCGCAGUUGGUUUAUCGAGGCAGCCACAUGUAGCAAGGAUAUAGUUAUCCUGAUGGACACCAGCGGUAGUAUGACGGGCAUGGGAAAAACGAUCGCGAAGACAACGGUCAGCUCGAUCCUGGAUACUUUGUCGAACAACGACUUUGUCACGCUGUUAAAGUACAGCAACGAUACGAGCGACAUGGUGCCGUGCUUCAAGGACAUGCUGAUUCAAGCCACCCCGGAGAAUCUUGAGACGUUUAAAAAGUCUAUGGACAACGUGAAACCGGAAGGCAUCGCCAAUCUCACGACGGCCUUCACCGCGGCAUUCAGCCUGCUUAAAACCUACAGAGAGAUACGCGGAUAUGACGCGGAUGUGGAUGCCGACACGCCGUACAAUCAGCUCAUCAUGCUUGUUACAGACGGCGUUCCCGGAAAUCUGACAGAGGUGUUCCAAAAGUGGAACUGGAGAGAGAACAGCACUCACAUACCGGUGCGCGUGUUCACAUAUCUUCUGGGUCGCGAGGUAACAAAGGUGCGGGAAAUCCAGUGGAUGGCGUGCUUGAAUCGCGGCUACUACAGGCACGUGCGGACGCAGGAGGAAGUGCGCGAGCAAGUGCUCAAGUAUAUCCCAGUCGUGGCGCGUCCGCUGGUACUUCAGGGUGUGGUGCACCCGAUCACGUGGACGCAUGUUUACGCCGAUGUCACGAAUCCGGCACUUGCCGCUUGGCUGUGGGUGGUGAUGAAGCAAGAGGAGCAAAAUUCGCGACUGCAAAAGCACCUGAAGGGAAAACGACUGGGUGUACGAGUUAACGAGGACGCGAUCUACAUACAGAAGUUGGACAAGAACGAGAACAUCGAGGAGGAUCCGUCCACUCUCAACACCACCGCAUGGCAGGAGUACACACUGCUGACCUCCGUUGGUACACCCGUGUUCGACCGCAAGGGCAAUCGCAACAAUGAGACGCGCAUGGCCAAUCUGCUCGGCGUGGCCGGCACGGACGUGCCGAUCGAGGAUAUCCGCAAGCUCACGUUGCCGUACAAGCUCGGCGUGAACGGUUACGCUUUCAUUGUAUCGAACAACGGCUACGUGAUACUGCAUCCGGACCUUAGACCUGUCUACAAAGGCCGGCUCAAAUUGAACUAUAACAGCGUCGAUCUCACCGAGGUGGAGAUACUCGACGAUGGCCGCGGGCCGAGAAAUCCGGGUCCGGAGAUACUGGAGCUGCGGUCGGCACUGGUCGAUCACAAACGAGGUAGUAUGAGGAACAUCCCCGUGAAACUGCACUACGACGACAAUCGUCGUGUGACGCUCGAAAGACGAGACUACUUUUACGCACCCUUGCCAGGGACACCGUUCGGCCUCGCAGUCGCCAUCCCUCAUUAUGGAACAACGUGGAUCAAGGUCGGUGACGAGAUCCGCCGGAAUCAGCACAUGAACGUGAAUGUGUCGGACUUCUUCAAGGGUGAUCAUUGGCGCGUGCAUCCCAGUUGGGUAUAUUGUCGAUACCAUUAUCUCGAGGGUCACCGGUUUGAUAGCCCGGAGGAUGAACUGCGCCACUUUCUGGCGUUGUUGAGUCGAUCAGAAUGGCGAUGGGCUGAGCAAUACGAGGCUUAUCCGCCAGCGGACGAAAACGCCGACGGUGAGGACUUGGACGAUGUCGACUGCGGCAGGCAAACGCUUUCGUACGAGGAUUAUUAUUGCAACAAGGAGCUUAUGCAGCUGUUGGUGUUUGACGCUAAGGCAACCAACAACAGCUUCCGCGGGGAUUACAUAGAGGAUCUUCCAGCGAGGGCGAAGGACUUGGCUCGGCUCUACGGUAUUUUCCUGCGUUUCAUUGCCACGCAGAGUGGCCUCACUAGAUGGCAUCAUCUUCACACCAACGAGCUUCCCGACGCGGACGACGGGAUUGUUUUCGGCGAUCUGCACAGGCGAGCCGUCAAUGAGCCUUGGUACAAGGGCGCGAUAUUUCAGAACGAGCUGGAUCUGAACAGCAUCUAUUUGUCUGUUCCGUGGGAAGCUGGCGCGGACGCAGUGGUGACGGCUUCCAUGAGCCUGUCACCCAAGGACGGCGGUAAGAGGGCACCAGCGGCCGUCGUAGGCUUCCAAAUGCCGAUGACAGGUCUGUACAGGAGAUUCAUCGAACUCACCUCGGUGACAACGAAUCCGCUGAUGAACUGUUCCCAUAAUUGGAUCGAUUGCUACCUGCUAGAUCAGAACGGCUAUAUAGUGAUAUCGGAAGCACAUAAUGAUACCGGUCAAUUUAUGGGUACUCAGGAGGGCGCCGUCAUGAAGUCCAUGGUCGAUCAGGGUCUUUAUAAUCCGGUCGAAAUUUACGACUAUCAAGCUUGGUGCCAGGAGAUUCGAAUCGACAAUUCCGCCAAUAGCCUGAUGGAGCCGUUGCAAUACGUCUGGGAGCUGCUGUUCUGGCUUAUGCUGCGUCUGGCGUGGUUCUCGACUCAGUUCGUCAAUCUUCCUGGCAUCCAUGGCAAGGUAUAUAGUGACGAGGACGCGCCUGAUCCGCCGCCACCACCGGAGCCUUACCUCUAUCAUUAUCCGUGCGAUCAGAAGAGGACUCUCUACAUGUUGAAUGAGACUGUCGCUUCCAAAGGCGUCACCAAUCACUCCGAUUACCACUCCAGACCGUACUACGCUCAGAGAGUAGCGCACACGAAUCUGCUGUUGGUUGUUGUGGACAGCAUGUAUCCGACGUGCUACAGGAGAUUGGAGGUAACACCCGUCAACAUCGACCCUACUGAGUACACAAAUGGCAUGACUGAGAAACCUUGCCACAAGAUUCCGCUAAAUGCCCUGAAAAGGCGCCGGCUGAAGAGCUGUUUCACGGAACACUGUCUGGAGCACGAAAUCGACGACUGCGGAGGAGCGUCCGGACUGACGAUGUCUCUGACAUCGUUGCUUUGCGUCGUUAUCAUCACGAUUCUCUGCACCUUUCUGUGACGAACGAUUAUUGGUCGUUUUCGGAAAAAAAGAAACAAAUACGCAUGUAUGUCUGUGUUUUGCAAUAAAAUAAUAUAUACAAUAUAUACAAUAAAUACAGUUGCGCAUCUCUCUGUCUA